AUGAUUCUUUCACGCCUCGUGUCAAUCUUUCUUCGCUUCGGCGAAUUUGUGUGCGCUGCAGUCGUCCUAGGACUAAGCGCCCACUUCCUCCAUCAAUACGACAAAUACGGCGUCGGCCCCAAGGGCCGCGAGAUCUACGCCGUAGUCAUCUCCAGCCUAAGCGUGCUCCUCUCCCUCGUCUGGCUCCUCCCCUUCACCUCCCAGUUCAUGCACUAUCCCUUCGACCUCUUCAUCUCAGCCGCCUGGUUCGCCGCCUUCGGUGUUUUCGUCAACUGGAUCCAUAGGCUGUCGUGCGGCGGUAUCUGGCGCUGGAGCGGGCUCACGAACGGCGGGUACUGCAGCCAGUGGAAGGCGGCGGAGGCCUUCAGCUUUAUCGGCGCAUGCUUCUGGCUUGCGAGUGCGCUUUUGGGACUCUAUGUCUAUCACAAGCUUGGCAACCGUAAUGCGGUCACUGACGGCACCCACCGCCGCCGCUGGGGCAGGUCUCGCGUCUAA